CCCUAAUUCAUCGAGCAUACACCUUACUAUACAAAUACCACCCCUUGAACACGGCGCUUCGAAUUCUGGGAGCGACUGUUUCGGUGUCGAACAAGACGAAUAAAUCAAACGGACGAUCGGCUGGCGUUGCCUAUAAUGAAUUCAGGAUCUCGCGAGCCGUGGGCUUCAGGACAGAAUCAGACUCCUGGAACAGGUCCUCAAAACAAUGAUUCAGGAUCUGGGCCAUCGUCAAGACCAUUCAUAGGAAGAUACGAUGGUACUUCUGCACCUGCGCAACCACCACAAUCGCAAAAUCCAACUUCUGGUGGUGGCCCGGUGCUACCACCUCCCCCAGGCUCCUAUCACCCUCCUGGACAACCGAGCCAAAGCCUACCGUCAAUCUCAGGACUUGCACAACCUGCACAAACUUCUCCACAUCAGGCCUCUCAGCGAGCGCUACCGACAGGGUCUGACGCCACGCCAAAUAUGCCUGGCGGCCCAUACCCACUGCCUGCUCUGAACCAGUCGAUUCACGCCCAACACCAUGGCCCACCUCCCCCAAACAUGGAAAGAAGGAUUGACGGGAGAGAUGGUCGAGAGCUCGAUCGACACCUGGAGAUGGCCGCGGCCGAGCAACGCGAUCGUGAGAACCGUGAACGGCACCAUCAAGAGCAGGCCGCGCACGAGAAUCAUGGAGGACCGAUACAAAUUCACCAGCCUGUUGCAGUCGCUCCUCAGACUCGAGGUAUACAUGGUCCAAACGGUCUACUUGGUAAUGCUGCCGUCAUGACAGGCACAAGUGGCUUACCAGGUCCUAUCAGCGCACCAGUCAAUGGGCUGUCUGCAAAUGGUUCAGGUCAAACUGCUCCAAGUGAGAGCAAUGCUCGAAAUCAACACGCUGUCCAGCCACCGCCUCAGACUCUUCUCGUCCCUUUCUCUGGUGGCAAUGCACAACCACAGCAGCAGCAACAGCAGCCACAGCAACAACUAGUGAACGUAGGACAAGGGCAACAGCCACCAGUGAAUGUGGGACAAGGACAGCAGCCUAUACUGAAUGAUGCACUCAGCUAUCUUGACCAAGUCAAGAUACAAUUUGGCGAACAGCCCACUGUCUAUAAUCAGUUCUUGGAUAUCAUGAAAGAUUUCAAGAGUGGCGCAAUUGACACUCCUGGUGUUAUCGACAGAGUUUCCACACUUUUCUCUGGGAACCCUGCAUUGAUCCAAGGAUUCAAUACAUUCCUCCCGCCUGGAUAUCGUAUAGAGUGUGGUACAGGCGACGACCCGAACACAAUCAGAGUAACUACACCAAUGGGUACGACAGUAUCGGCAUUGGGAGUCCACCCUCUAUCCCAAAGUGUGACGAAUGGCAUCACGUCUACUCCGUCAGAUCAGCAAUUCUACGAACAGUCAAACCGAGAUGGCGGCAAUAAUUGGCAACAGUCGGUACCACAAGGCUCAGACGUCUUUGGGCCGGGGCGAUCCGGCCCAUAUGGUCCGCAGCCCGGCCAGCCGGCUUCGAUGUCGCCUGAAAUACAAAGGGCACACCCAGAAUCUGCCGCACAGGUCGAAGCUCGACAACUAGAGCAGCGUAGCCCGGAAGGUAUGCAGUCGCCGCCUGGUGGCGCUGCUGCCCACCUCCAUGGCCAGUCUAUCAACGGUAUCGCAUCUGCCGCGCCAUCCGGUGCUGGUAGUACUGCUGAGAAAAGAGGGCCGGUCGAGUUCAACCACGCGAUCAGCUAUGUCAACAAAAUCAAGAAUCGUUUCGCGACACAACCGGAUAUCUACAAGCAGUUCCUCGAGAUUCUGCAGACUUAUCAACGAGAGUCGAAGCCUAUCCAGGACGUAUACGCUCAAGUCACGACAUUAUUCGGAGGUGCCCCAGACUUAUUGGAAGACUUCAAACAAUUCCUACCCGAUUCCACUACCGGAGCCCAGCAAAGAGCCGCACUCGCUGCCCGCCAGACGGCCGAAGAUGUAGCCCAGACAAGCAAUAUACGCAGUGAUGCUACUUACAUAGCUCAUACUCAGCAACUACAACAGACCCCAAGACCCGAGCAAGGUGGUCGUCUUCCUCCGAUCGGGAACUUCGCACCCACUCCGGCGAAAGAUAGCAACAAGCGGAAGAGAGGUGACAGACAGGGCCCUGUUGCCGGGCAGGCUGCAAUCCCACCCCCUGCUCUUGAAGUAGCACACAGUAGCCGUGGAGGCUAUCCUCCGGGUGCCAAGCGAACCAAACAACACCAUACUAUGAACAAAUCUACAGUCCCCGAGGGACCCCCUGUAUCGCCUACCUUGACUCCAGCUCUUCCUGAGCCGAUCCCGCCAACGUCAUCGACCGCUGCAACGCAUGAUGAACUGGCUUUCUUCGACCGCGCAAAGAAGUUUAUCGGUAACAAGAAUAAUAUGAAUGAGUUCUUGAAGCUCUGCAAUCUGUUUUCGCAAGAUCUCAUCAGCUCUGAGUUGCUUAUACAGAGAGCUCACAGCUUUCUCGGCGGUAAUCCUGAGCUUAUGACCUAUUUCAAACAUUUCAUGGGCUAUGACCCCAAACCAGAAACUCUCGAAGCUAGAGCCAUCCAAUCAUUCAGCUCGAAAGUUUCCCUUUCAAACUGUCGUGGCCUGGGACCCAGCUAUAGGCUAUUGCCAAAGAGAGAUCGCAUGCGUGUGUGCAGUGGUCGCGACGAUCUUUGUCGCUCUGUCCUGAACGACGAAUGGGCAUCGCAUCCCACUUGGGCAUCGGAAGAUUCUGGAUUUAUCGCACAUCGCAAGAAUCAACAUGAAGAGGGUCUUCAUCGCAUCGAAGAAGAACGCCAUGACUAUGACUUCAACAUCGAAGCCUGUCUUCGUACUGUACAGCAAUUAGAACCCAUUGCACAGCAACUAUACCAGAUGUUACCGGAAGAUCGUCUCAACUUUGUACUGCCAAAGGGACUCGGUGGGCAAAGCGAGGCUAUCUACAAGCGUGUGAUCCUCAAAGUAUAUGGUCGCGAAAAAGGACGUUUGGUUCUUGACAGUCUCUUCGAUUCACCAUACAAAGUUGUCCCUGUCGUUCUUGGUCGUCUGAAAUCCAAGCUUGAGGAAUGGAAAGCGGCGCAACGCGAGUGGGAGAAAGUCUGGCGUGAACAGACUCAGAGGAUCUUCUGGAAAAGUCUUGAUCACCAAAGCAUCGGUGCAAAACAAGCAGACAAGCGACAAUUUCAGACCAAGACACUGCAGACCGAGAUCCAGGUCAAGCACGAAGAACAAAAGCGGCAACGUGAGGUCCAGAAACUCUAUGUCCCGCAAUGGCAGUUCGAAUAUGCCUUCGACGACAUUGAUGUCCUGUACGACGCAGCCCGUUUGGUGCUCGUACAGGUAGAAAAUAACCAAAGCUCUGACCACCCGCGUUUGUUGAACUUUAUGAAGGAAUUCAUCCCCAUGUUCUUUGGACUCGAUGUCGCAACCUUCGACGAGCGCAUCCGUAUCUCGCCUAACGGUUCUCCAGGUGAGGAGGACCUGGAUGAUGAAAUGACCAGCCCCGACGAUGUAUCCUCUCGAUCAGCCCGUGGCAAGGGCAAGAACCAAAAUUUACUUCGAGGUGUGCUUGACAAAGGCCGAGCAUCCACAAGGCAUCGCGAGGACAGCAAUGCCUCUGGUAGUCGUGCAACAACUCCAGAUAUUGGUUCGAACAUCGACGAUGAAAUGACUGGCGUCGCUGAUAGCCCCAGUGGCGAACCUGCAGAAGAGCGUCCAUUGAACAAGUGGCUGGAACAUCCAACUCUAGGCAACGAGAACGAUAUCGCCCCUGAUGAGCCUUUCCAACGUGACACAUACAACAUGUAUGCCAACCUCCCGAUAUACUGCUUCUUCAGAAUGCUAGUCAUACUUUACGAGCGUCUCGUGAACCUAAAGAGGGUCGAAAACGAAGUCCAUGACCAGGUCGUGAACGCAAAAUCGGAGAAGCCGGCGACCGAUUUCAAGCUCAUCGAUAAACUACCAAGCGACUUUUUCGGAGACACCUCUUUCAAUGCAAACUAUUACCAACAGGUACUAGGCAUGUUUGAGGAAGUUGUCAAGGGUGACAUGGACAUGAUUCACGUAGAGGAAACACUUCGAAGAUUCUACCUGCAAAACGGCUGGCAACUAUACUCCGUUGAUAAGUUGCUCAGUUCGCUUGGUCGAUUCGCCGUGGCAGUCCUCACAAGCGAUACUAAGGACAAGUCAUGGGAUAUCUACCAAUUGUUCAAAAAGGACCGUCAGCGCAGGGAAACGACUCACAAAGAUGAGAUCAACUACCGUCGCCAGGUGGAGAAAUAUGCCAAAGAUGGAGACGUAUACCGCAUAUGCUUUGUAAGUAUCGACCUUGCCAUUAGUAAGUCCUUUUCUAACGCGUGUUUACAGAAACAGAAUGAAAUGAAGGCGACGGUCCAGAUUUUCAAAAAGGAUGACCUUACAUUCGAUCAGAGAAAUUACACCGCGGAGCAGAGAUGGCGAUACUACAUCUCGACGUUUACCAACGUAGAUCCCACAGAAGGCAUGGAGAACACAAGGCUGUCCAAGGUGUUCCUGGCGCACGGCCUUGAUGAUAAUGAGAGCGAUGCUAGCAAUAGCUCCCUGAAAUCUAGUUACAUUACCAGUAACGACGUCAUGACGAUUCGAAUUGCAGUUCAUAGCUAUAAGAUGAUAUUCGAACCGAAGACCGAAGAAUAUCUCGUCAAAUCGAAUAAAGAUCGCACAGGCGGCAAGGAAGGACUCGAGGCGAUCAAGAAUGAGAGCAUUCGCGCAGGUGAAAAGGCACGCGAGAAGCUCGUCCUGAACAACUCCUGGAUGAAAGGUAUGAGCAAGGAGGAAGUCGAUGCAAUAAAUGCCGAAUAUGCACGGCUCAAGGGUGAGAAAAUUGAGUCCACGAGUGCAAACGCUGGUACCGAUGUAGUCAUGGCGGAUGCAUUGUGAGAAGAAUUCUUUCCCUGGGCUUUUUUUUCUUACUUCCUUCAAGCGUAAGAGACGGUCGGACUGGGUUUCUGCCUAUCGACAGACAUGGUACGGUCAAGUCUAAAGUGUACCUUAUGCGGUUUCAAAGUCUGGUGUCCCGGGUGUUCACGGUCUCUGCAUUUGUGAUUUAGUAUUUACUUAGUACAGCAUCGGUGUAUGCUUCUUGG